CUUAACCGCCUGUCAGUUACUCCUAACAGGAGCACUUAUAAACUGCACCUAACUGCAGGGGAACAGAACAAGAACAAAAUAUUUGCCUUCACCAUUCAAAACAGAUUCAGCAUGGCUUUGCUUCCUCCUGGUGGACUUCCAGAGAUUGUCUUCUCCUUCGACACAACCGGCUCUAUGAGCAGUUGUCUGGCCGAAGUCCGAGGGCGACUCCAGGACAUGAUACAGCGACUCCAGGCUGACAUCCCCGCCAUCAGAAUGGCCGUCUUUGCACACGGUGACUACUGUGACAAACACAACUAUGUCACAAAGUGGAUAGACUUUUCCACUAACGUCAAGGAACUUUGUGACUUUGUCAACAACGUCAGUAGCACUGGAGGCGGAGACUCCGACGAAUGUUACGAACUCGUUCUCAGACAAGUGGGUGAGGAGUUGUCAUGGACCCCUGGAUCCAAUCGUGCCCUCGUCAUGAUUGGCGACGCCAACCCCCAUGAGCCAGACUACCCCGACAACAAACUCAGGAUAGACUGGAGGGAAGAGAUUCAAACCCUCAAUAAAAUGGGAGUGAAGAUAUAUGGGGUAGAGCGUGGAUCUGGCACCAUGGAAUUCUACAAGAGAAUGUCACAGGAGACAGGUGGACGCCAUCUCCAACUUGACAGCUUCUCCAAUGUCUUUGAUUUCCUAAUGGCCAUCUGCUACAGGGAACAUGGAGCAGACAUGUUUGAUGUCUACGAGAAAGAGGUCCGAGGUCGUUGUGCUGAAGGCGCCCUCAGCAAGGACAUGGAGAAAAUGUUUACAUCGCUACGCGAUGGAGUAGCCUCCCUUCCAUCGCCAAAGAAGAUCACAACCGGUUGCAGUGGAAAAAAUGUCACGAUCCCCACUCUGAAGAAAACUACAUCCUUCUCAGGAAUUAGAAAGGCCAAGCCUAAAUCUAUCAGGAGACCAGGAACAAAAUCACUGAAGAAACCAACAAAGUUUGUGACUCCUCUUUUGAGAAGAGAGGAAGUCUUUGAGAACAACUUCAGCUUAAGAGACAUGGACUGGUCAGCCUGGGUCAAGGUUAUUUGCCCUUUUGUUCCUCUCAAACAGGAUGCACAAUGGGAAAAAAGACGGGGUGCCAACCCUGGAUUCAGGAGAAGAACUAUCUUCAAGUCCCAGAACAAUAAGCCAGCUCUCUACGAGAUCAGUGUUCAGACCACCAGGUUUGGACGUAGGUGUGUGGUAUUCAGCAGGUUCUGCCACCACAUUCUUGAUAAUGUUAACUGGGAAACACGACUCCUUGGAAACAAAAUUGUCAGAGCUCAGGUGAACAAUGUUGUCUCUCAGAACUGCAGUGUCUAUGUGCGGAGGGUGGUAUAUAGAAGAGCAUCAGGUCACGUCAAAACAGCCGCAAUGAUGAAGUCCUAUGACUACGCUUGGAGGCGUCUAAGAUCACGAUCUACUGCUCGACAUGUUUACAAACAAGGCAGCACAAUUUCAUCAGACAAAGUAUAGACUUUUUCUGAACAUUGACUGAUAAUAUCAGGUGUGUGCUGAAAGAUACGCGGACAUAGCUGUUUUUCCCGAGAUGCCACGUAUCAAACGGACGUUUCUUUCAAUGUAUAGAAUGUAUAUGGAGAAUGUACAUAUAUGAAAUCAGAUGACAUUCUUGAUAUUACUGGAAUGAGAUUUGUCAUUGAAAGACAGCGAUAACGAAUCUCACAUCAUACAACUUGCUUCAUGCUUUAUGUGAAGGAGAGGGCAUGAUGUUUCAUUAUAGUGCUUGAAUGUGGAUUAGUGUGUUCAUCCGAAUGAAAGAGACUGAUGAAUGUGAUCGAUGUUGUACAUAUGUCACUGUUUGUGUUAAGGUGUAUAUACAACUCAUUCGCUGACCUGCAUUGUUUAUAUCUUUGGCAACAUGUGCAAUGUUAGUAUAGGAAUAAAUAAAACAAACUUUUGAGAAAUUAA